AUGGUGGAGCACGAGGAGGAUCGGCCUCCGACCCCACCGGAAGUGCCGCAAAAGCUGCAAAACGGCGGCGGUGGCUCGAAUCACCAUGAUCAUCACCAUCAUCAUGUCGGCGAUCACGACGACUUUCACGUGAGCGAUGAGCCACCGGAAUACGCGCCCGAUCGAAUGGCACAUCGCCAUAUUGAGGCAUUGGAAAAUGAGAUGUCGCGAAUGGAGGAGCAGCUCCGAAUCGAGCGCGAGGAGAAGCGGCGCAUACAAUUCGAGGCGCAGGAGGAGAUUUCAAGAGAGACAGCACUUGCUGAGGAUAUUUGGAUCCAGAAAUUGAAGGUGGCGAUGGAGGAGCGCGAUUUAUUGAAACAAAAAGCAAUGAUUUUGGAGGAGCAGGCUGAUAAUGCAAGAGCCGAUGCUAAUCGCGCCAUGGCCCACCGAAUUGAGGCCGAAGAUUCCAAACAGCGGCUCGAGUCCCAGUACGAUGCCCUCGCCCGAGAUUACGAUGAGACAAUGCUGGAGCGGAGCCAGGUCCUCGAAGAGAACAAUCGACUCUCCGAAGAACGCGAGCGGUUGAAGCAGAAUAUCAAAAGCCUUUCGGCCAGUCUGCAAGCGCAGAGCUACUCCAAAAAUGACUCGCAGAUCCAGCAGCUGCAGAGCAAGCUCGAGAAUACGCGUCGGAUGUUGCAGAUGAACAUGCAGGAGAACGAGGCAGCCAAGGUGAAGCGCCUCGAGACGAUGGAGGAGGUGAAUCGGCUGAGGCGACGCGUUGAAUCCAUGACAAUUGAAAAAGAGGAGCUUUGCCAACGGAUUAUGAUCGCCGAGAAUCAGCGGGAGAGCAUUUCGGAUAUAUGGACGAGUCAUGCGGUUGAUAUCACGAUGCCAUUCCCAAAGUCGAAUCUCGGCCUGGUGCUGGCUGGAGGUCGAGGUGAGGUUGGGCCGAUCAGCUCGCCAAUAUACGUAAAAGACGUGUUAAAUGGGUCGCCUUUGGAGCAUUCGAUCAGACGUUUCGACCAAAUCGUCCUGGUCAACGACAUCGACGUCUCGGAUAUGGACAUGCGAUCUGUGUACGAUAUACUACGGAAUAGCCACCACCUGAAAAUGGUCAUCCGCCGACGCGCCAAUAUGCAUAGCAUUCAGGAGGUUGUUGUGGCGGCACAUCCAGAAAUGGGCCUAGAGCUGGCGAACGGGGUAUUUGUGAAUCGUGUGGAGCCUGGAGGAGCCGCCGAGCGGGCUAGACUGAUGAUCGGUGACCGCGUGAUAUUUGUGAAUGGCAUUCCGGUGGGCGAUGCGAAACAGGCCGAGGAUUUGGCUAAAGGAUCCUCUGGAGUUGUUCGUCUCGGGAUCCUGACCGGGAGAAGCCGGGAGAUGAGCAGGUCUACAAACUCGACGGAGAAGACGUCAAAAUCGGUGUUUUCGAAGAUGCACGAAAAACUCUUCGGAGCCCGGACGCCUUCAAAAAACCGGGACGUCAUCGCGUCGGCGAACAUCGAUCCGGAUGCGCCCACCGAUUUCAUGCGUCACGGCUCGCUGCGCGUCCCCGCCGCCUCGCCCCGGCAGCAGCAGCUGAUCAGGACCGGGUCCUUGCGCGGACCGCCUGGUGGAACAAUCAACAAGGAUUUGGCCUCAAAAAUGGACCAUUUCCGUCAUUCGGUUACUUCCACGCCAAUCGGGUCGAAUUCAAGGGAACCGACCGGUUCGACGUGGCCAAAAUUGACUGAGCCGAUCUCGGGCGUCGUCCCCCGUCGCCGUCCACCGACGCGGCCCAGCGUUUUCCCGGUCUUCCCGCCCCCCACCAGCCCGGCGUUGACGAACAAGCAAAACUGCCAAUCCUGCGCGUGCACAUCUCCGUCCCCGUUUCCGGCAUCAUCUGACUCGAUUGAUUCACCGAUCAUGGCCUCGUCGACACCGAGGCCGAGCGGGCAUCGGAUUAGCACGACCUUUGGCACCCAUCGUCAACCCCCACCGUAUCCGGGACGUCGCCUGGACAACUCGCUCUCAUCGGUCGUAUCAUCUACAAAUUCGAUGCCGCCACACCCCUCCACAUCAUCAGUCAACUUUCCGAUGAACAAUUCCCCAAGCGAGACCGUACUGUCUGAAACUGCUUCCGAAAUUGUACGUCGACUCGCCAGAAGUCGGGACGGCUCGGAUUUUGGGCCUUCAGGUGAACUGUCCUUGGAAAGGCAUUCCCACGUCUACCACCCGGGAAAGGGGAGGGGAGCAGAAGCGGAAGUGGUGUUUCGAGGGACUCGGGAAAAGCUGGAAGACGACGUUGGGGAUGAUGUGUUUCCGGUUGGGGCUCAACAUCCACGAUGGAUACAGGUUCCGCGUCGAAACGUUCGCCUUUGCGGCGGAAACGUCUGCGGCAUCGUUGCGGAGGCUACCGUUCUCUGCCCUGAUGGGACUAAGAAUACACUUUACGCAGGUGACCUGAUCCUUGAGAUUGAUGGGCGGGAUGUUCGGUCGGCCACCCUGGAGCUGGCUUCCGGGUAUUUGGCUGAAGGAGACGCCGAGUUGGUCGAUUUGUUUGUUGAUGGGGGUGGUGAGAGGUUGGAGAAGAUCAAGGCUGGGACAGAUGGAGACGGCUUCUAUGUGCGCAUUAAUGUUGACCGGAUCGGUGAGAAUGGAGACGAGCUGGAUGUGAAGGCUGGUGAAAUUGUGUACGUGGACAGUACGCUGUUUAUGGGCGAGAAAGGAAGAUGGAGGGCUUGGAAGGUCGAUAGAGAAGGCCGACAACGCCAAUGCGGCAUCAUCCCCUCGGCUGAACUCGUCGAAAAGGACCGAGGAAGGAGGGGCAGGCACGGAACAAAGCUGACCCGGGGCACACCUUCAAUCCUGGGCUCUGCUCGGGCGGUUUAUGAACGCGUCGAGCGGGUCGCUGCUGCGGAAAAGCGUCCAAUUCUGCUGGUCGGGCCAUAUACGGCUCCGUUUACGCAGACGCUGCUCGACGAUGCGCCGAAUAAGUUCACCCAAUGCGUGGCCGAGUGUCGCGCUCUCUCUCAGCACGAGGUCGAGCGGAUGUUGGGGGCCGGGGAAAUUAUCGAGGCGCGUCGGCGAGACCAGCUUUUCGACGUCGUCUCCCUCAGUGCCCUCCAGCAGUUGAUCGACCGGGGACUUCACUGUUUGGUGGACGUGUCGCCGCAGGCUAUUACUCGACUUCACGCACUCCGAAUAUAUCCUAUCGUCGUCCAAAUCAAGUUCAAGAACUCGAAGCAGAUCAAGGAGUUGUGCGAGGAGAGCGGCGAGAAAAUCCCCUCCAAGACGGCCAAGGAGUGGCUGGAGCGGGCGGUAGCUGAGGAGAAGCUGCUCGACUCCCUGGACUGUCAUCUAUCCACCGUUUUAGUGUCUCCGCAUCAUGCUGUGCGUACUUUGGUGAAGCACGUCUGCCAACAGGUGGUCGCCCACGUCGAGCACGAGCAGCGGAAGACGCUUUGGGUGGCAUCUACGGCCCAUUUA